AUGCCGCUAGACCUUCUCGAUGAUGAGCUUCUAGCAGAUUCAACCAAAGCAGAGCAGAUAGGACUUCAACUAGACUCAGAGGGAUGGAGUCCUAUAGCUCGCUUCGCUAGUUCAACUUGGGCGAGGAUACGUUAUAUUCUCGGCGUUUUCCGAGAAGAGACUUUAGAGUUUCCAUUUCGUCAAUUCACAGCUGAGAAUAAAGCUAAACUAAUGGAUCUUUCAGAGAGAUGUCAGCAAUCAUGGAAGUUAUUGCCAGAGCAUCUUAAGUACAUACACGAGUGCUGGACAUCAGAUCUCGAGGCUACUGUCUGCCUAAUGCUCACUAUUGUGUAUCUGUCAUAUCUACAAAAUGAGUUUCAGAUACACCGCCUCCUUAAAAGGAGCACACAAAGUCCUACUCCAGCAUUACUUACUAUUUCAGCAGAGAUCGUCGCAGUCGUUGUACAGCUAGGUAAAUCGCGUGAUAAAGCAGUGCUUCUAAACCACGACUUCCCUAACAUCGUCGUCAAUUACGGUCUUCCUACCGCCGCUACAUUAGUGGCAGCUAUACAAAAUGGGGCUAGAACUCAGACUCAGCCAUUACCACACAGCCUGAGUCGUUCUGCAGUGAUCCGAAGCCUUAUGGUAUUCACUUCGUAUCUUGAGAGUAUUCGCGAUGUGGGUGAGACUAUAGAAAACACAUGUUUGCAAGCCGCACAAUCUAUAUCUCGCACCGUGGAUCGUAUGCUCGACGAACCACCUUCCUUGUCUGGCACGAGGCCAGAUAUGACCCUCCCUGCGUCGAUGUCUUACGAUGAUCCUGAAACGCCCUUUUCAGCUUCGCAAUUCAUGCAAACAGGACCUGAUAUUACCGGAUUUGCAAACAGUGACUUGCUCAAUCGCAAUACAUUAGACAACUUUGAUCUUUCCGGGUGGUUGAAUACUACUGCGUGGAUAGGCGAGAAUGUGGGAUACUAG